UCCUCCCCUUUCCCUCUCUCUCUCCCUCCCCUCACCACCACCAAUCCAUAUUCCCAACUCUUCUUCCUCCAAAAACCCAUUUCCCUCUCCCCUUUCUCUGCCCACUCCAAAGCCCACCUGGGCCGGUUGUUAGCCCAAUCUCAAGAACCCAUCACCACCAUUGCAGAAGCAGAAGCAGAAGAAGAAGAAGAAGAGGGUCCCUUUGAGCUGCCACCAUCUGCUUCUUCUACAUCAAUCUUUGCUACAAACGAUGACCCCUCUCCUCUCCAAACCGCCACCAGCGUUUUGCUCACUGGUGCCAUUGGGGUUUUCCUGUUUCGGUCCCUUAGACGCCGUGCUAAGCGUGCUAAAGAGCUGAGAUUGAGGUCAGCAGGGUCAAAGAAAUCAUUGAAGGAAGAGGCGCUAGACAACUUGAAAGCAAUGGGGUCAGCUGCAAUUGAAACCAAGCCAUCCCCACCCUCACCAGUUCAGGCACUUUUGGGUAGCAUAGCUGCGGGUGUCAUUGCCCUUAUUCUUUAUAAGUUCACCCUUACGAUUGAGGCAGCUCUUAACCGCCAAACAGUUUCUGAUAAUUUCUCGGUUCGUCAGAUAACAAUAACUAUCAGGACUAUUGUGAACGGAUUGUGCUACCUUGCAACAUUUGUUUUCGGCAUCAAUUCUAUUGGGUUAUUUCUUUAUUCUGGUCAACUUGCUAUAAAUUCAUUCAUGGAAGAUUCCACAACUAAAGAAAAUGAAAGUCCAGGUGAGAAGAAUCGAGGCUCAGUAAGUUCAGUGGCAGAAAAUACUGUAGAUGGGACUGAAUUGACCAGUAGCAGGGAGGAUCAGAGUCCAGAUGAUAAACAGUAGUGGUAGAGAUAAUCAACAGUGUAGUGGAAGGAAUAGGCUUCUGUACUUUUAACUCAUCUUCAAAGAGGAAAUGUAAAUGUCGGUCACAAUGUUUCAUAUAUAUGACCUUCCUAUCUUGAUAGCUAUGCUGUUCCAUAUUCACAGCCUUCUUUUGUUUACAUGUAUGCAAUUCAAUCAUCCAGGAAGUUAUUACCUUAUGGUUACCAACUGCAACUUUCAGGACACAGGACACCUAGAAAAGAGCAAUGGCAUAUUAUAAUCCUAGUAGCAGACCCCACAUAGUGUGAAAAGUUUUGUUUGAUGUUGUUGAUCCUAAAACGUGAU